GGAUAACUUUGUUAUAUUUUACAAAGUUUGAGAGGUAAAAGUUCAAAGGUGCCUAUUAAUAUUACAUUUAAAAGCAGUAUAUCCGUUAACCACAUAAUUAACCCGGUCCCGGAUGUAAUCUCCAGUCUUACCCACAUCACUGCCCACCCGAGAAAAAGAUCCGUUAACGUCCCCAUCCUCGUAUAUAUAUACAAUUCUAAACCCAUAACGGCUAGUUUUUCAACCUUUCCUUUACACGAAAAUCCCCUGCCCCCUUCUCCAUUUCUCCCGUCGGCAUUUCGAAUCCGAUCGCUACAAAUUUUUUAUCGUUAAUCUUUGUUGGCGUUGGAGUAAUCUUCCCCUCGAAAUCCGGCAAAGUUGAAGAGAAAUGACCGAAUCGACUGCCGGAAGUGCAGCCGAAGCAUCGGCGGAAGUUGGAGUUCCGUCGCUACCCCAACGGCGGCCAAGGGUGCGGGAAGUCAGUUCGCGAUUCAUGUCACCUUUGAUUCAUUCCAACGCAACCCCAACCCCUACACCUUCUGAAAAUUCGCGAUCAAAAUCAGUCCACCGCAGGCAAUCAUCACGCGACGAGAAUCAAGUACCGGAAACCACUCGAAGCCUAGACACCCUGCUCGUUCUACCCCAGACGGUAUCACACAAUAGAUCGUUAGCAACAAAUAGUGUAGCUACUGUUCAAAAGAAACAGCAGCAACAGCAACGAUUUAGGCAUUUUAAGGAAAAUGGUGAACAAAAUCAACAGCAGCAAGCGGCAUCGGUUGUUAGAAUUUCUUCGAGGCCGGACACGCCGAUUGCGAUUGGUACCGAUCGGGUUGUCCCAUCGCGGUAUAGGCAAACUCCCCAUAGUGGUAAUCGUGGCAAUCCGAUGAAUAUUAGUAUUAAUGGAUGCACGGCCGUUACGGCGGCCACUAGGCUAUUGCAAGAAGCGACUUCUGGUAGCAACAAUUACAGAGAAACUGUGGACAAAAAGCUUUCUAGAAUUUCAACAUCUAGAUAUGACGAUUCGGAUUCUUGCAGUACUGCUAGUAGCCAAGGUAGUUCUUCGUGCCCCAGUUCUCCACUGUUUAUGCAGACUAGCAAGGCGACCCGGAGUCUUCCUGAGACGCGCUCUUCUGUGUCAGAUGUGGAUAAAUGGCUUGCUGAGAGGAGUUCUAACAAUGAGGGUAAAGUCACUAGUGAUUGUGCUCGCUCACUGAAUUUUUCAUCGUCUGUAAAGAUGGGCGGAAGUCUUUGCCUGCCUCCUCAUCCAGCAUCGUGUGUGAGACUGGGAAUGGACGCAAGGAAAGGAAGGAAGGUCUCUAAUCAUCAAGAAGAUGUGCAUUCUCUCAAGAUGCUUUACAACCAUUAUCUGCAGUGGCGAUUAGCCAAUGCAAAAGCAGAGGCAACUGUCAAUACUCAAAAAAGGGAUGCUGAGAUAAAACUUUACUCUAUGGGAAGCAAGAUAUCUGAUUUACAUGAUGAAGUGAAAAAGAAGCGUAGUGAACUUGGGAUGCUGCAAGGAAUUAAGACUUUAUCCAUGAUUGUUGAAGCUCAAAUGCCGUAUCUGGAUGCAUGGUCUGCUUUGGAACAGGAUUUUUUAACUUCUUUAUCGGACAUAUCAAAUGCUUUAUUAAAUUCCUCGCUAAGAGUUCCAGUCAGUGGAGAGGUCCAGGUUGAAGUGAAAGACUUGCAGGAGGCUUUGAGCUCAGCUGUAAAGGUGAUGGAACUGAUAGUUUCCCAUGUCCUGAGACUUAUGCCAAAGGCUGAAGAAGUGGAUACCUCAAUUUCUGAACUAGCUCGGGUGGUUAGUGGAGAAAGAGCCCUUAUUGAGGAAUGUGGGGACUUACUAUCCAAGAAAUAUACAGCACAGGUAAAAGAGUGCAGCCUAAGGGGGGCUUUGAUCCAAUUACACCGGAGUAAUAACUGUCGAGCACAGCAAGAGUGAAGAAGCAUAAAGUUAUUUAAUUAACUCAUUGAGCUCUUCGCAUCAAGAGUUCUAAAUUGAUUUUUUUUUGCUUUUUUCUCUUUCCAUUUUCUUAUUAUGCCCCAAAGGUGUGAGAUAUGACACAUUCUUUUAGUAAUAAAAGAAUGAAUGAUUUUCCAUAUCCAUUUAUCCUAUAAUGGCUUUCGGGUUCUCUUGAUUCUGCACAAAAUUCUGCUUGGAAAGGGUUGGAUGCUAGUUGGGUUUGCAGCUAGUUGGCACCCCUUAGUCCCUUUUAACAUGGCACUACCACUAAUACAUAAAGAGUGAUUAUCUACCGUGGAGCAUCAUUUGUGCUAAACUAACAGUUUGAUUAUGAUUUGAUGUAUAAAUGUAGAUAUUGAUGUAACAAAAGCAAAUUGAUGUGAGAAAAUACUUCAUCAUUUCAUAA